GGGAAGCAGUAGAGCAGCCAGUGGGGGAGGACGUGCAGGCGGGCGGGCGGCCGCAGCAGGGGCAGGGGGCCGCGCGGCGAGAAGGCGGCGGAGAACAGGGUGGUCCUGAGCGCUGCCCACAGGAGGCAGAGGAAGAGGCAGAGGCUCUGGUAGCUCAGCCGCCGCUCGCGGUACAGCAGCAGCCGCCACAGCUGCAGAUAAUAUACAUCAUCAGUAUAAAAGCUUCCUAAAAGAAGAAAUUGUUCAAAAGAAAUUUGAAACUAGUAAACGUGUAAGACAAAGAGACGUGACGGCAGACACAGAGGUCAGCAUGGGAGUGUUACUUCAUUCAUUUAUUUAACAAAUUCAUUCAGCAAAACGUCGUUGAACACCUGCUCUUGCAGGUGUUGUCCUGGGCACAGAACCAGCAGUGAACCAAACAGGCAGACUUUGCUGCCCGUAGCAGCCAGAGCUGAUGAUGUCUUCCAGUUUCCGUGUGCUUAUAGUCGGCACCUCUCUGGUCAUGAUGUGCAUUUUUUAUACGUCAGCAGUAGACUCUCUACCCGAGCUGAGUCCUCAGAAAUUCUUUGGUACAUUGCAACCAGGAAAAGCCACCUUAGCUUAUUUUUGUCAAGCUGAUUCUCCAAGUGCCUCUAUAUUUCUUGAAGAACUGAAUGAGGCUGUUAAACCUCUCCAGGACUAUGGAAUUUCAGUCACAAAGGUUAAUUGUGUCACAGAAGAAACAUCGAGAUACUGUGGAAGCGAAAAGGAUUUGAUGAAAGCAUAUUUAUUCAGAGGCAACGUAUUACUCAGAGAAUUCCCAACCGAUACCUUGUUUGAUGUGGAUGCCAUCGUUGCUCAUGUCCUCUUUGCUCUUCUUUUUAAUGAAGUAAAAUACAUUAGCACCCUGAGAGACCUUCAGAACAUAGAAGAUGCUCUGAAAGGAAGAGCAAGCAUAGCAUUCUCAUAUGUGAGAGCCAUUGGAACACCAGAGCACAGAGCAGUCAUGGAAGCUGCUUUUGUGUAUGGGACCACAUACCAGUUUGUCUUAACCACGGAAAUUGCUCUUUUGGAAAGUAUUGGCACUGAGGAUAUAGAAUACGCACAUCUCUAUUUUUUUCAUUGUAAACCAGUCUUGGACUUGACCCAGCAAUGUAGGAGAACGCUAAUGGAACAGUCAUUGACUACACUGAACAUUCAUCGUUUCAUUAAGACAAUGGAAGCACCUCUGCUGACUGAAGUUGCUGAAGAUCCUCAGCAAGUUUCAACUGUUCAUCUCCAGCUAGGAUUACCACUGGUGUUUAUUGUUAGUCGACAAGCUACAUAUGAAGCCGAUAGAACAACUGCAGAAUGGGUUGCUUGGCGUCUUCUGGGAAAAGCAGGAGUUCUCCUCUUGUUAAGGGACUCUUUGGAAGUGGACAUUCCUCAGCAUGCUAAUGUGAUCUUCAAAAGAGCAGAAGAGGGAGUGCCAGUGGAAUUUUUGGUGUUAAAUAAUAUUGAUUUAAUCGUAUCCCGUGUGGAAAGUAAUAUGCACAUUGCAGACAUGCACGAAGGUGAAGACAGUGACGUUGAAGGUCCAAGUAUGGAUAUUCAGGAUGAUGAAGUGGCAGAAACUGUUUACAGAGAUAGGAAGAGACAGUUGCCUUUGGAACUCGCGGUGGAACUGACAGAAGAGACAUUUAACGCGACAGUCACAGCUUCUGACAGCAUCGUGCUCUUCUAUGCUGGUUGGCAAGCAGUAUCCAUGGCAUUUCUGCAGUCCUAUAUCGAUGUGGCAAUUAAGUUGAAAGACACAUCCACUAUGCUGCUUACUAGAGUAAACUGUGCAGAUUGGUCUCAUGUAUGCACCAAGCAAAAUGUUACUGAAUUUCCUGUUGUAAAGAUGUACAAGGAAGGCGAGAACCCAGUAUCUUAUGCGGGUAUGCUAGGAACUGAAGAUCUCCUAAAAUUUAUCCAGCUCAACAGGAUCUCAUGCCCAGUGAAGAUUACGUCUGUCCAAGAAGCAGAAGAAUAUUUAAGUGGGGAAUUACAUAAAGACCUGAUCUCCUAUUCUAGUGUGUCAGUACUGGGGCUGUUUAGUCCAGCCAUGACAACAGCAAAAGAAGAGUUCACUGAAGCAGGCAACUACCUAAAAGGAUGUGUUAUCACAGGAAUUUAUUCUGAAGAAGAUGUUUCAAUACUGUCAAGUAAAUAUGCUGUAACUCUUCCAGCCCUGCUGCUUGCCAGACACAAGGAAGGCAAAAUCGAGAGCAUUCCGUAUGCUAACGUCCAUGCACAAGACAUAGUUCAAAUAAUAACAAAUGCAUCACUGGAAACAUUUCCAGAAAUCACUGUGGGAAAUCUUCCCACUUAUUUAAGACUCCAGAAACCAUUACUUAUUUUAUUCAGUGAUGGCAGCAUAAAUCCUCAGCAUACAAAAGCAAUAUUGACGCUGGUAAAAGAGAAACACUUGGAUUCAUGUACCCCGUGCUGGUUAAAUCUGAAGAACACUCCUGUGGGGAGAGGAAUCUUGCAGGCGUAUUUUGAUACCCUACCUCCCCUUCCUCUUCUUGUGGUGGUGGAUCUGCAUUCAGGUGGCCAAGUAUUUGCAUUUCCUUCAGACCAGGCUAUCACUGAACAGAAUCUUUUAUUGUGGCUGAGAAAAUUAGAAGCAGGACUAGAAAGUCAUAUCAAAACUUUACCUGCUCAGGAAUGGAAACCGCCUCUGCCUGCUUACGACUUUCUCAGCAUGAUGGAUGCCGCAGCAUCUCAGCAUCCUACCAGGAAAGUUCCCGAGUGUGUGGGAGAAACUGAUGUGCAGGAAAAUGGUAAAGAACAGCCUGAAGAUAAGUCGGCAGGCGGAAGGGACUCUGUUGGGAUACUGAGACUCAAGCACUGGCACAGAAGUGACUGGUCCGAGGAAGCCGGCACACCGUUCAGGCGUGGUGAUGAAGAAUUGUGACGCUCACAAGGCAGCUGAUUGCGCAGGGCUGUGGAAAGCUUUCCGAAGUCUUUUUGGCUUAUUUGAUAGACUAAGAACUUAUUUCAUUGACGAGUAACACUAAAUCAUUUCACGUGUCUCGACCAGUGAGGUCCGGUGGGAGUCGACGUGCCACGUUAUUUAACUUAGAAUCCCCACAGCCACAUUCAGAGGAAAACCGAGCAGGUGAAAGUAGUUUUAAUCUAUUUUACCUAGUAGGUAUACCCAAAAUAGUUCAGUUAACAUACAAAUUAUAAGUUAUUUUACACUUUUUUCUUCAUAUCAAGUCUUCAAACUCCAGUGCACAUUUUACACCUACUACACAUCUUAGUCCAGAGCAGCCCCGUUUCAGGUGCUCAGUAGCCACGUGGGGCUGGUGACGGUGCUAUGAGGCAGCUCCGCUCCAAACAGCUACUGGCACGGCUAAUGUAGUUGUAGCCAUGGUGCACUUUAAACUAAAAGAGACAUGUAACUGGUUUAAUCACAGUUGACUCCACAGUGGAAUCACAGCGCUGGCAGCUGUAUUUGUUUUGUUGUCGUGACAUUAAAACCAGUGUUUCUUAAUCAGGGAACAAUUUUGCCACCCCCCAACUCCCCCCUGCUGGGAGACGUUAGGCGACCUCGAGACGUUUUUGUCAUUGUUGCUGGCCUAUAGUGGGGCUAGUAGAGGCCGGGGAUGCUACUAAACACCCCACAGUGCAUUCGACAGCUCCCCUGCCCCCCCCAAAAAAGGAUUAUCCUGCUCAAACAUCAGUAGUGCCGAGGUUGAGUAACUCUGUGUUAAACUAAUCUGUGGCAAAAUGGUAAAUUUACUUUUAUAAUAUUUUCAAAAAGUAAUGAAAUAACCCUAAAAAGGAUGCAGAGUAAGAUAUAUAUAAUAUAUAUUCUGUUAUAUAUGUUAUAUCAUGAUUCCCGUAUAUAUAAUAAUAUAUGUACUUGUCAUAUAUAUAUAGUUGCUCCUUGAACAACCCAGGUUGGAACUGCGUGGUUCUACUCACAUGUAGACUUCCUUCACUAAACGUGUUCUACGGUACGGUAGGAUCCAUGGCUGGUUGAAUCUGCAGAUGUGGAACUGUGGUUAUGGAGGCCAACUGUAAAGCUAUUUGACUCUUUGGAGGCUGGCUCCCCUACACCCUACAGUGGUCAAGGCUCAACUGUGUAUUUUGUUGUAACGUAGGUCAUUUGCUCCUCCCAGCGCCCUUUUCUAGAUGUUUUUCUUGUAGCAUGUCGUGUGUAUUGUUGCAGUUCACUCUCAUUUGUUUUUUAUGUCUUACUUGGGAAAUAUGAGCGUGAACUCUAAAUGUAGUUUGUAGUAAUAAAACAUCAUCAGCGUAAUCUUUGACUACAAGCACAUAGAAACAUGAAAUCAAUGUCGCUGCACCACAGCCAGCAAUUUUGACAGUUAUUAAUACAUGUUCUUUUAAUAAUUUUAAAUAAAGUAUCUUCGAUUUCAGGCUACCU